AUGAUCCGCGCCCCCAACGCCUCGAGCAUCUACCGCCCCGACCUGUUCCAAGGCAAAGUGGCCAUCGUGACCGGAGGCGGCACUGGAAUCGGCCGCUGCAUUGCGCACGAACUCGCGUCGCUCGGCUGCUCGGUGGUGAUCGCAGCCAGAAAUGAGGAGCGUCUUCGUGCGGCGGCCGAGACAAUCCGCAGCCAAUUGGACGCCGCCGGCCGCGACCCGAAGGACGUGAUUCACCCGAUUGUGUGCGAUAUCCGCAAGGAGGAGCAGGUGAACAACCUGGUGGACGAGACGCUGGCUAAGUACAAGCGCAUCGACUUCCUCGUCAACAACGCGGGUGGGCAAUUCCGCGCGCCGAUUGAGAAGGUGAACCUGAAGGGCUGGGAGGCCAUCAUGAAGACGAACCUGAACGGCACGUUCAUGGUCACGAAGAAGGCGUACCACGCGUACAUGAAGGAGCACGGCGGCAGGAUCGUCAACAUCAUCCUCGUGAUCGACAAGGGCUACCCGUUGAUGGCGCACAGCGGUGCGGCACGUGCUGCCAUCGAGAACCUCAGCAAGUCGCUGUCCGUGGAGUGGGCAGCGUCGGGCAUCACGCUUAACUGCGUUGCUCCGGGGAUCAUCCUGUCGAGUGGUGUGGACAACUACGAGGGCGGAGCGGAGCAGUUCCACGUGGCAGCGAGAAGCGCCACGGCGGCGAAGCGUGUCGGGAGUGUCGAGGAAGUGUCGGCCGGCGUGCUGUACUACCUGUCCCCCGCUGGGGCGUAUGUGACGGGUGACACCAUGCACGUUGAUGGAGGUUGGCACCUGCUUGGCCCGCUGCUUGCCGUCCCUGCUCAUGAAAACAACCCCCCGUACGGCACAGUUGGCGCCAAGUUGUAA